AUGAAUGGCAAGUCGCAUGCGGAUCUGUCCCGUUUCUCUCACUUAGGCUACGGCAUUCAUAGGGAAUACGAGCUCUGGGGGGGCCUGCUUUCUGAGAGUAGAGAGGCCACACAGAAUGGCAUUCCCCGCACGGGCUUCGUCCCAACGUAUCUGCGAAAGCGAGCAGAAGCCGGUUUAGAUGAUCUUCCGGGAAAUGGCGUGACCCCAGACGGCACCGGAUGGAUGCGAGAUAAAAUGCUCGCCUAUACUGCCGGGGCACUUCUUGAGGCGGGUUCGGACACCACCGCGACGACAAUGCAAACGUUCAUUCUCUUCAUGCUGAGCAACCCAGAGGCGUUGAAACGAGCGAGAGAGGAAAUCGACCACGUUGUCGGAAAUGAAAGGCUUCCGGGAUGGGAAGAUGAGGAGAGGUUACCGUGGCUCAUCGCGUGUAUCAAAGAGACCAUGCGGCGAAGACCACCAACGAUCACGGGCAAGUGUAUUCAUUCGUGCAGUUUAUGCAGUAGUCCUAACAGCAAGAGCUCGUCAGGUAUGCCGCAUCAGACGGACGAGGAUGACGUUUACCAGGGAUAUCUAAUUCCGAAAGGUUCUACCGUUAUUGGAAACAUCUGGGCGAUUCACAUGGAUCCCAAUCGAUAUUCGAAUCCGAUGACCUUUGAUCCUGAGCGUUUCUAUGAUAAAGAUCGGCCCUCUAAGUGGGCGAGUGGACCCGACUCCAAUGAGCGCGACCACUACGCGUUCGGAUGGGGGCGCCGCUUCUGCCAGGGCAGCUACAUGGCGGAAGCAUCACUCUUCAUAGUUCUUUCGCGCCUGAUAUGGGGCUUAGACCUUGUAGCAGGAACAGAUCCGAAGACAGGAAAUCCACAGUUGCCGGACGUAAAUGACGAGGAGGGGACUUGGAGCGAAGGGUUCAUCAGCGUGCCGCGAAUAUACCCCGUUAGUUUCAGAGCACGCUCGGAGAAGCACGCUGAAACUAUGCGGAGGUUAUUUGACGAGGUACAAGUGGAGUGGCAAGCAAUGGGGCUGGCUGGAGAUGAACGAUGA